AUGGUGGCAUUGUGCCAAAACCGUGUAUUCUCGGUUUGCAAUCACAGCCACCUGCCAGUGGGUCACACCCAUGAGGACGUGGAUGCUGUGCUGUCGUUAGUGAAAAGGGCAAUGGAUUCUGCACCAGUUCUCCUUACUCCACGUGAUGUUAUGUCUGCUAUCGACAAGAAGCUGGAACCCAUGUUCAGUCAGCAAGGGAUGUUAUUCAAGACCAUAUGGGUGGACCAAGUUCGUGAUUGGGUCAGCAUUCUUCCACAGUCGGUGACAUUGAAGAAUGCUUACCGGGACCGGAAAGCGAAAAGAGGAGAAGAACAGAAAAAAGUUCCACAGUCCUUUACUUUCAUCCCACGGGAAGGCAUUCCGUCGGGUGAGGAUCUGGAAAUGGAUGAACAGAUUCCUGCAAGAUUGAGGCAGGAUGAGAAUCAGUUGGACGUUUUCGCCAUGGUCCGUCAGUACAUGUCGGAUGGAUUCUUGCAACAGAAUCCAAUACUUGUUUUACCCGAGUCCUUGGUGGGUGAGUCGAGGCACUUUUUGGCCAAUGCAAAUUCUGCACCUACUAUUGGACCGUGGCUUUCUCCUGAAAGAAAGGAGGAAAUCAAACUUCUGGCAGAUGAGCUUGCAGAGGAUUUUCCUCACAUGCAGAGAGCAGUGGGUUUCUACAGGAGCUUGCUGCAGGAGGAUAGGGCUUUGCAGCCAUAUGAGCAGAUUCGAUUUCUAAGAAAUGUUGCUCGUUGUGGCCAACGUUGGUGCCAAUUCAAUCUGGGAGAUCGAGCUCCAAGACCGAAACCGCAUGUUUUGCAGGAUUGUCAGGAUGAGGUGCCCACAACAUUCGCUGCUGUGGUUGACAAGCUGUGCGCUUACAUGGAGACAGUUGUGGCUUCCAAGAAUCUGGGGGAGCACCUGAAUGCAGUGUUUGAUGACCAUGCCAAGAUGACGAACGUUUGGAACCGCAUUGGUGCUCUUAUUCCUGAUAUCACUCCUCCACAUCCUGUCCUGACAAGUGUCCCAAACUCCUCGGUCAAAGACUUCUGGCUGCCGCUGGAUGCAUUUGACUUCUCGGCCAAGUCCAAGAAUGGCUACUUCCCGAACAACAGCCAGUGCAGCCUGUUCUUCCGCGAGUUUGCCCAGAACGGGUACAAGAGUGCUCAUGACGCAAUCGUGACGAAAUUUCCAUACGGAGAUGGUUCUAGGAAUUUGGAACCAUAUUCUGUCGGAAUAUCAGACGGGUUCACGAAAGUGAUCCUGAUGUUCAGCAUAAUCGGUUUUGCUGCUGAAUUGGACCUUUCAGAGGCUGAGGUAAAGGAGCUGGCGCCAACGUUCAACAGUUUCAAGUGGAUCCGGUGCACGUACGAGCACUUCGGGAACCCAGGGCAUCACUUUCUGAACUCGCUGAAACUUGGAUGGAUCACCAGCGAAAAACAAGCCCCGAGCCCUAUCCACAUGUUUGCAGAUAUCCAAUCGGCUAUUGAAGUUGAAAAGAGACUGGGCCGUGGCAAGGCUACUUUGAAAGACUUGCUCGCAAAGACUUGCGCUGAGUACAACAAAAUGACCACGGUGAAGAGACACCGUCUUGACGGAGCUCGAAAGAACUUGCUGUUCAACUUGUUGAGGUGCAACAAGACGCUGAUCGAUAUGAUCCACCGCCACUACGACUCGUAUCCUCACCAGCAGUCAGGAUUGCCUCUGGAGAUCUUGUCACAAGACUUUUGGGUUCCAGGGUCUACAACACGUGCAGAAUCUCAGAAGUAUCAUGGGAAUGACAUGUUCACGGAGAUCCUCACCACAACGACUGAGACAGCGGAGCUCUACAUGAAACGAGACUUCUCCAGACGAGCAAGCCCUGAAGCUACCUUGAAGGCCAAGAAAGCAGCGCAGCUGGAUGAUGAAUCGCACUACCUUCUACAUGACAUUGCCUGUUUGUGGAUCUGGCUCCAACCGAAGCUGGCCAAGAACUUCCCAGCCCCAGUUGUGGAGAAGCAUGAGAAGCUGUUCUUCAAAGGGCUGCUCGAUGCAGAUUUGACUGCUGUGCUGAAAGCAGCUGAGAACUUUGAUUGGGAGCGAAUCAGCUUCGUUCUGGAGAUCCGGGGUGAGUUCAUCGAGGAGUACGUGCAGGACAAGCAGGACAAAGCAAAAAAUGCCCAUGUCAAAUCGCUCCAGGCAGCAUUUGGUGCAUGGGUUGAAGACUUGCGGGCUGACCAAGCCAAAUUUGAUGCUGAUCGAAUUCUGAAGCUUGAUUUUUAUUUAUUUGUUUCCCUCCAUCCGGAAAGCCAUUACAAAGACAUCUUGCUGAAUCAAUGUCAGUAUUUUACACCAUUGCACAACUUUCAAACCUUGCUCUAUGGGAGAACACUAGACAACCAUCAAAUACCAUCAAUCAGUUUUGAAAAAGUUGUCAUGAAACAACCCAAGCCCUUUCCAUGCAGACGAGACACGGUAGAUACUUGGGAUUGA